UGGGUCCAAAUUUCAUUUGCAAUUUUUUUUUUAAUAAAAAGAUCUCACUGUCUAUCUAUAUAUAAAACCAUAGUUUCUUCACUAGCAUCCUUCUCUAUUAGCCAUUUUUGAUACAGCCCACAUACACUCUCUCUGCUUCCGGUGAAGAGCUCCCAGGCCAUUUCUUUAGGAUUGGCUUGGUUCUGUUUCCAUCUUUCUUCGAUCUAUCAUAUCUACAAGGUAUUAGAAAAUGGCUGAUGCUGAGGAUAUUCAACCCCUCGUUUGCGACAAUGGAACUGGAAUGGUGAAGGCUGGGUUCGCUGGUGAUGAUGCUCCCAGGGCAGUGUUUCCCAGUAUUGUUGGAAGACCCCGACAUACUGGUGUCAUGGUUGGGAUGGGUCAGAAGGAUGCUUAUGUAGGUGAUGAAGCACAGUCUAAAAGAGGUAUCCUUACCUUGAAAUACCCCAUUGAGCAUGGUAUUGUCAGCAACUGGGAUGAUAUGGAAAAAAUCUGGCAUCACACUUUCUACAAUGAGCUUCGUGUUGCUCCCGAGGAGCAUCCAGUACUUCUUACUGAGGCUCCCCUCAACCCUAAGGCCAACAGGGAGAAGAUGACUCAGAUCAUGUUUGAGACCUUUAAUGUGCCUGCAAUGUAUGUUGCUAUCCAGGCUGUUCUCUCCUUGUAUGCCAGUGGUCGUACAACUGGUAUUGUGCUUGAUUCUGGUGAUGGUGUGAGUCAUACUGUGCCAAUUUAUGAAGGUUAUGCUCUCCCACAUGCCAUUCUCCGUCUGGACCUUGCUGGACGUGAUCUCACUGAUGCUUUGAUGAAGAUUCUUACGGAGAGAGGAUACAUGUUCACCACCACUGCCGAACGGGAAAUUGUCCGUGACAUGAAGGAGAAACUUGCAUAUGUUGCUCUUGAUUACGAGCAAGAACUUGAGACUGCCAAGAGCAGCUCCUCUGUUGAGAAGAACUAUGAGCUUCCUGAUGGCCAGGUCAUCACCAUUGGCGCUGAGAGAUUCCGUUGCCCAGAAGUCUUGUUCCAGCCAUCUCUCAUUGGGAUGGAAGCUGCAGGAAUCCAUGAGACUACUUACAACUCUAUCAUGAAGUGUGAUGUAGAUAUCAGGAAAGAUCUCUAUGGUAACAUUGUUCUUAGUGGUGGGUCCACUAUGUUCCCUGGUAUUGCAGACCGUAUGAGCAAGGAGAUCACUGCUCUUGCUCCCAGCAGUAUGAAGAUUAAGGUGGUGGCACCACCAGAGAGAAAAUACAGUGUCUGGAUUGGAGGAUCUAUCCUUGCAUCCCUCAGUACCUUCCAGCAGAUGUGGAUUUCCAAGGGUGAGUAUGAUGAGUCUGGUCCAUCUAUUGUCCAUAGGAAGUGCUUCUAAGCCCUUCAAGUGCUUUGAUGGUGAGUUCAUUUUUCCAGUUAGUUGGCUUUUUCGUGUCAAGGUGUCAUGUGAACUCAGAUAUGUUUAAUCUGGAGAAAUAUUGAGGUAUGGUCGGUUAAGGAGGGUCUGGUGUAAUCUUGAUGUAUCAAAUAGCCUUCCAUCUCUUGCUAUUUAUGUCAUUGCUGCAAGUGAGAGACUUAACUGCAAGUCCCUCUGGAUGUGGUGGACAGACACUUUGGUACUCGAGUCUUUACUUGCCGUCUUUUGUGGUUCAACCAUAUCUUUUAGUAGGAUGAUUGUAGUGGAGAGUGAUUGUGAUGCUUUUUCUUUUUCUAUUUUUUCAUUUUAAUAUUUUCCUUUGUUGUUUGAAUAUUUGAAGGCUGUUUUUUCCUUGGAACAUCAUUGAUGUUAAUAGUUGUUGUAGGAGAAAUUUUAUCUAGUGUCAGUUUGUGGUCAUAAACCUUAUGCAAAUUAUAUUUAAUACUUUGUUUGAAAUGA